UGCUUGGGGUAAAGCCGUUCGAGUGUUUGUUUGUCGCGCUACCCGUAAAUUCCAGCAUAAAAACUGCUCCAUUUCCGCCGGAGGUGACGAAAAACGAUGGCAGAGUAUUUGGCAUCGAUUUUCGGUACCGAAAAGGACAAGGUGAACUGUUCGUUCUACUUCAAAAUCGGAGCCUGCCGGCAUGGGGAUCGAUGCUCCCGCAUCCACAACAAGCCCACAUUCUCGCAGACCUGCCUGCUGCAGAACCUGUACGUGAAUCCGCAGAACUCCGCCAAAUCGGCCGACGGCAGUCAUCUGGUGGCGAACGUUUCGGACGAGGAAAUGCAGGAACAUUACGAUAACUUCUUCGAGGACGUGUUCGUCGAGUGCGAGGACAAGUACGGCGAGAUCGAAGAGAUGAACGUUUGCGACAACCUCGGUGACCAUCUGGUCGGUAACGUCUAUAUAAAGUUCCGCCGCGAGGAGGACGCGGAGCGUGCGGCCAAAGAUCUAAACAAUCGUUGGUUCGGUGGCCGACCGGUGUACUCGGAACUGUCUCCCGUUACGGACUUCCGCGAGGCUUGCUGUCGUCAGUACGAGAUGGGGGAAUGCACUCGGUCCGGAUUCUGCAACUUUAUGCACCUGAAACCGAUUUCGCGCGAACUACGCCGCUAUCUGUACUCGCGCCGCCGUGGACGCUCGCGAUCUCGCUCUCGGUCACCACGUCGCGGCGGUGGUGGUGGAGGUGGUGGCGGCGGCGGCGGCGGUGGUGGUGGUGGUAUUGGAGGCGGAAGCGAUCGUUCCCGUGACCGACGUCGGUCUCGAAGCCGAGACAGGAAAAACGAUCGCAAUGACAAUGGCCGCAAAGGGCGAUACUGAAUGCGGCACGUAUGGACAGCAACGCAUCUAUCUCCUGUUCUUCUUAGUGACAUCAUCAUGGUUUGUGUGAGUUUCUACAAUAUUAACUAAAGGUUUUCCUUUCCUGGCGGGCUCCCACCGCAAUUUUACGUUCUCCAACGGUGGACCUGAACGGCGGCGGGUCGGAAACUAAACUCAACCUUCAAAUCCCUUACUGACUACCAUUCAGCCGGAUUGCUAAUUGUAAAAAUAAGUACGCAAAUACAUAUAUACAUACGUGUGAAAUGUACGGAUCACAAAUA